AUGGCAUUUUAUUCCUCGGAGACAGUAAUACUGAAAGAUCAGUUCAAUUUUUUUCCUGCUGUGUCUGUAUCUUGUAAUGUGACUUUGACUGAAAAAUAUUUUUCCAUUGAACAAAUUAAUAACUCGAAACCGGAAAGUGAUAAAAUAUCAUUAAAUGAUGUGAUCGGGUGUCAUAUUUUGCGUGGAAAGUGCAAUAAAUUACGAGAUAAUGCAAGUGACAUUUCUGCGUAUUUUUGUAUAUAUGCAUAUCCUCUUAAAACAUCUGGUGGUAUAUUAAGUAAACAAGUACGACGUGAGCGAAGAGCUUUAACAUUUCAAACAAAACGAUUUGAAACGCAAGAUGAGAAUUUACAAUACGUGAAUAAAUGGCGUAGAGCGAUUUUAUCUCUUCUGAAAGGAAUUUCUUGCAUGGAAAACGGAGAAGUUUGCAUUCCAGACACUGUACCUCCUGUUCCUAAGUUUUUAAUUUUGAUAAAUCCGAAAAGUGGACCUGGAAAAGCUCAUCAAAUAUUUCAAGAGCGUGUGGUUCCUCUUUUGUUCGAAAGUGAUGUGCAAUAUGAUCUCCUCGUAACUGAUCGUGCAAAUUGUGCAAGAGAUUAUGUAAAGCAGGAGGAUCUUACUCAGUGGAAUGGAAUUGUUGUAGUAUCAGGAGAUGGGUUAUUGUUUGAGGUAUAUAAUGGGUUAAUGGCCCGUUCUGACUGGCAAGAAGCUGUAAAAAUACCUGUUGGUGUUAUACCUGGAGGAUCUGGAAAUGGCCUGGCCAGAGCAAUAAGUCAUACCACUGGAGAACCAUAUGAUGUGACAGCUGUUGUUCCUUCUGUUAUGAAUAUUAUUCGAGGACGGAUUGUUCCUAUGGAUUUGGUCAGAGUACAGACCCCAAAUGAGUUUUACUUUUCAUUUUUAUCUGUUGGAUGGGGCUUAAUGGCUGACAUUGAUAUAGAAUCCGAGAAACUUAGAGCUAUUGGUGAGGCUCGAUUUACUGUAUGGGGAAUUAUACGUGCUUUAGGUCUACGAAAAUACAAAGGAAGAUUAUCCUAUUUACCUGUUAGAGAUUAUGAUCCAAAAUCCCAAGUAAGAAUAUUUACAGAACCAAAACCUAAAAGAAGCAAAACUUUGGAUUGCACUUUAACCGUAUCAGAUAAUUCUGCUUUCACUGAAGAGGACGGAGAUCAUUCUAUAUUUCGAUCCAAAAGUUUUGGAGCUCGAGACCCCGAUAUUAUCCAAGACGAAGACAGAGCAGUUCGUUUAUUAAAAUAUAGUUUCAGUAACGAGAAAGUAAACAAUUCAUUUUCAGACAUGACUGAUUUUCAGGAACAGCUACUUCUUGAUGAAACCCCUCGUGAUGUUCCUCACUGUACAGUUACCUCUGAUGUAAAAUGUCCUCAACCAGCCAAAUCAGCUCCUUUCUGUCCUCCGCUGAGUAGUCCGGUUCCAGACGAUUGGGUCACCAUCAACGAUGAAUUUGUCCUCGUAUAUGUAUGCCAUCAGACACACUUGUCAUCCGAUGUUCUAUUUGCCCCUGAUGCGAGGCCUGACGAUGGCAUAAUGUGGUUGAUAGUUAUCAGGGCUGAUGUGUCAAGAGCUCAAGUUAUAUAUUUUUUGUCAUCAUUGCAGACGGGUGAACAUGUCAAUAUACCUUAUGUGGAUUAUAUUCCCAUACACGCCUUUCGUUUGGAACCCUCUACUUCAGAUGGCUUUCUUACCGUUGAUGGUGAAGUAAUUCCAUGUUGUACUAUUCAAGCUGAGGUUUUACCUUCUAUAGCCCGCAUAAUGACCCGCUGA